AUGGCAAACGACACGGAACUCAUUAAAUCGCCGUUCAUUUGGAGUAAAACACAGACGAAUUUGUCAAAACUUCUCAAAGAAUACCCACUGCCUCAGAUUGUUCGAGUCGUGGAUGGCUUCUGCAGCAAAAACGAAGACACAAUCUUAUAUGACGAACAGAUACUGGCCUUGCACGAAAUACAUUCAGUACGGAAGCUAAUUGGUACGGACAGUUCGGAUACGCAAGUAGCUAUUGCAUUGUCGUGCCCAACACAAGUCCUAGUCUGCCCGUCCAAAUGUAAGUACAUAGCAUGUAAAGUCGAAAAUUUUCAAUCCAUUUUUCCUAACAUACAAUACGUACGAGUGAAAAGCUUCGGGCCUCAAUCAAGGAAUGCCAAUAAUGAAAGCACGUUCAAAGUUGGUGACAUAAUACAAAUUCAAAACAUUGACAGAAAAAAGAGAAGUGUCCUUUGUCAGAACACUGACACCAAAGGAGACAUGACUCUAUCCUACAACUCCCCGGCGAUUUUUACCCCCUUGCUGAACUGCCAGAAAUAUACACUCUCGAAAGUUGUAACCAACUACGGGCUGCCAUCGAGGGUGUGCUUUGUAAGCACCCAUUCGCAGGCUGAUCAAAACUCGGAUCAGUGGAACAGCGCGUUAACAGGUCUCACCGAAGCGGUCUUUCAUAAAGUGGUAACUGAAGUUAAAGUUAUCGCAACUACCGUAGGGGGAGGGAUGGGUGAACUAACGCACUAUAUAGGUCUACCGACUGACCUACCCAUCCGCUGCGCAGUCGCAGAACGUUUCACUAAAAAUGGUGAGAAUUAUGAAGAUUUUCUUCAAACGCUACACGCAGGUUUCGACAGCAAAAACAUUUCAGAGAGAGCAAAUGUGUUCCAGAAAAUAAGCCGUGUAAAGAUACACGAUUCUUCCAAUAUUAUGACAACCGUCUCACCACCGCAACCCGACACCUUACCGAGUCUUGUACGAAGUACUGCGCCGAGAAGUCAGCCCCACGUUUCUCCAAAACCGGGGAGAACAGAGACAAAUUAUUCAAAUAGUUAUGAAGAAGUUAAGCCAGCAUGGUGUUCAAACUUCAAGCAAGAAUUUGCGGAUCCUAGUUUACUCCUAAACAAACAAUUAUCUGAAGUUCACAGUGAAUAUGUCAUCCCAAUGAUACCGCCAAAUUUACAACCUCAGAUCAAGAAAUUUGUAAUACACAAACGAACCGAAAUGGAUAUGAAGCAUGUUUAUGAAGAAGUGGAUCCAAAAUUGGAAUGGGAUUCACAUUCCAGGAAGUUUGAAAGAUCUGCGAAUUGUAAAUCGCACGAAGAUCCGCAAACGGCAUCAGGAAAAUCAUCAGAAAUGCAAUUUGCAGCAAUAAUUACUACAGGUGAUAACUACGACAUCCGGUCGAUACAAAUAUUAGCAAAGUUAGACUAG